AUGAAGUUCAAGUGCACGCUCAGCUCAAUGGGGGUGACCUGGCUCGAGCGCUUCGUGCCCAUCUUCGAGAAGAUGGGCAAGGAGCUAUCGGUGCUGUUCACCCCGGAGACGCUGCACCUUGUGCAGGGUGCCGCUGAUUCAGGCGGUCUGGAGCUCCACGCGGAUCUGCUCGUCAAGGAGGCCUUCGACGAGUACAGGAUCGCGAGCAACAACGCUGAUAAGAUCGCGGUCAAGCUCGAAACGGCGACGCUGUACCGCGUGCUGAGGGGGCUCGUAGGGAGCGAGGCGACGCACGUCGAGGUGAAGCUCAUCAAGCGCGUCAUCCGCGAGGGCCUCUCGCUGCCAUUCCUUAACUUUGCCAGCACCGGCCUCGUUGAUAUCACGCAGGACGUGCCGCUUGGAGGCCCCCUGAACAAGCGCGAGCUCGAGGAUCUGGAGCAUAUCGUGCAGGCGAACGUCGUGAACGUGCCCUACUGGCUCAACCUGGACAGGCAAGCGACGGAGGGUGCUCACCAGGCGGCGGAGAGGUUCAAGGCGGUGGGGCCCCGGACGGAACUCGCCACCACCAAAGCCGGGUCGCUCCACCUGGCCACCGCGAAGGGAGGGAGCGUGACCCUCGGGACGGAGUACAGGGGUCUACCGGUGCUCCCCGUCGCCGAGGACCAGUACGAGACGGCUCAAGGCGGCGUGGACGACGACGACGACGCGGCUGGCGCGUCGGAGCGUCUCGCCGAGGCGGUGGCGAGCGGGUCGGCGGCUCUGGUCGCCGUGAACACCAAGCAGCUGUGGAAGGGUCUGCAGGGGGUGCAGACCAACCCGAGCAACGCGAUGAUAGGCGUGGCAUCCAACCGCGGGCACAUGGAGUUGGUCUUCAGGUACGACAGGCAGACGGUGAACGGCCCAGACGCGGUCGGAUUGUUCGUGAGGGUACCGGCUGAGAUUGACGAGGAUUUCGACUUCGACUGA